GCUCAGCCCCUUUUCCUUUCAUAAGACACCCCCACCCAUGCCUCAGCCCUCGCGCCUCCCCACGACUCUGAGUAACCUUCUUCACACAUUUCCUGAGAGCAGUCACUGGGCAUUCUUCUUGCAUCCUUCUGCCUCCCUAGUCCAGCGCCACAGUCACUCUGCGCCUUGCGCGCUAGGUACAGCUAACAGCCGCUAAGCUGGGCGGGGCGCUCAGGUCUGAGCGGAACUCUUCGCGCUCCUCCUGAGCGACAGCCUCUGGGUGUCCGUGGUCCAGCGCAGUAGCGAUCCUGGUUCCGCGGACCCGCAAAUCCUCAGGCCACCAGCCGCUCACCCCAGAAGCAGGUGCAAACAGAGAGAGUGUACUGGAGCCCUGCAGCUAGGCGGCUUUCCUCUCAUUCAAAAGAGGACCCUCCUGCUGGCCUCUCUGCCCACUGGCCGCUGGGUCCGGAGCAUCCUUAACCCUCAGCGCGAAGUGGAGAUGCAGGAGAGGCUGAAGAGGGAGCUCAGCUCCUGAGACUGCGCCAGCUGGCACCAUGCGCUUGUGGCCUUUGCCUCUCAUCGUGGUCCCUGGCUUACUACAGCUGCUGUUUUGUGAAAGCGAAGAGGUGCUACACAACACAGAGGGUGUGGAAUGGGAAGACAGAGAUGUUCCAGGAACACUGGUUGGCAGUGUGGUACACUCAAGGAUUACCAGUCCUCUGCGUCUGUUUGUUAAACAGCCUCCAGGUCCAAAGCCGGCAUAUGCAGACACCGGGGAGAACUUUUGGGAUUGGCUGGCCAACAUCACAGAGAUUCAAGAGCCACUGGCAAGAACUAAAAGACGGCCGAUAGUGAAAACAGGAAAAUUUAAGAAAAUGUUUGGGUGGGGUGACUUUCAUUCUAACAUUAAAACCGUCAAACUUAACCUGCUCAUCACAGGGAAAAUUGUUGAUCACGGAAAUGGAACGUUCAGUGUUUAUUUCCGACACAAUUCUACAGGUCUGGGCAAUGUUUCAGUGAGCUUGGUGCCUCCCUCUAAAGUAGUGGAAUUUGAAAUAGCUCCCCAGUCUACCUUGGAGACUAAGGAAUCCAAAUCUUUCAAUUGCCAUAUUGAAUAUGAAAAAACAGAUCGGGCAAAGAAGACCGCUUUGUGCAAUUUCGACCCGUCCAAGAUCUGCUACCAGGAGCAGACUCAGAGUCAUGUGUCCUGGUUAUGUUCCAAACCCUUUAAGGUCAUCUGCAUUUACAUAGCUUUUUACAGUGUGGAUUAUAAACUUGUGCAAAAGGUUUGCCCUGACUACAAUUACCAUAGUGAGACACCAUACUUAUCUUCUGGAUGAAUCUUUUCUCAGUAAUAGAAAUAAAAUGUUCAUGUCAAUUUACCUAAGAUGCCCAAGAAAGGCUGAGCUUUUCAUGGCAAAUGAUCUCUUUUAUUUCUGGCAGUGGACUAUAAUUUAUUGUCCCAUUUCUAAAUUAAAAAAAAAAUUCAAACAUGAACUUCAUUUGUUUUUGUGAUAAAUACUUUUAUUUUAACAGUCACACUGAUUAUGAAACCAUUGUUUUCAUGUAAGAUGGUAACAUUCUGAAA